UUGUGUUGAUUUGUUCUGCCGAGUGGUCGUCGUAUUAUUUCACCCGUUUAGUGCGCGCACAUUGUUUUCCCGUUUGAAAUUUGCCUUGAAAAAGUAUGAUCGGAACCAAGAAGCGUUCCGUAUCCAGCGAUGGAGCUAAAGUGACCAAGAAACCAAAACUUGAAAAGCCCAACGACGCCCCCGCAGCAAAGUCGGUCAAGAAGAAAUUCACACCCAAAGCGAACCAUGACGGCGGCGAUGAUAAGAAAGGUAAAUUCCAGAAGAAGCUAACUCCGGGAGGCAAAAAGGAUGGAUUCAGGAAGGAUUUUAAGGGAAAGGAUAGGGCUGUGGAGGAGAAGAAGCCGUUCGUCGAGAACACACCGGAAUCCAAGCGCGAGUACUGGAACAGUUUGAAAACGAAGCAGAAGGAACUGCGAGACCAACGCCGGAAGUCCAAGACCAAGGAUCUGUACGAGUUGAGCGUGGGUGCGAAGAAGAUUUACGAAACACUGAAAAGGAAAUCAACGGAAAACAAGGAAAAGCUGGUGUCGGAACUGCACGAAAAGCUCAACAAAGAUAACACAUACAGCAGGAUCGCAACCAGUCACGACACGGCCCGUGUCAUUCAGUGUAUGAUCAAGAAUGCUUCGGAGGAUCUUCGUAUGCAGAUAGCGGAGAAGCUGAUCCCGGAAAUUUACGAAAUAUCCACCUCCAAGUAUGGCCAUCACUGCAUUACCAGCCUGCUGAAGAAUGGUUCCAAACCGCUGUGGGCAAAGGUCGUAGAUGGAAUCAUCAAGCAUGUCGUCAAAAUGGCAAGCCAUUCCUUUUCCGCUGCAAUCAUCGACUCGGUGUACAACGAACAUGCGACCAACGAACAGAAGGCAUUCAUGAGACAAGCUUUCUAUUCGGAAAUCUACAAGCAAACCAAGGAUAAAAAAGUCACCUGUAUGAAGGACACUUGGGAGACUAACGCCUUUAUGAAGAAGACGGUCAUUUCAACCGUCAAGGGUCAUCUGCUUCAGGCCGCCAACAAACAACUGACAGACAAUGCCCUGCUUCACUCGCUGUUGUUGGAUUUCCUCCAGGAAGCCGGAGAGCUCGAACGCACCGAAGUAAUCGAGUUGUACCUGCCCCAUCUGGCUGCCAUAUCCAGCACCAAGGACGGUACUUCAGCUGCCAUUUUCUGCUUCCUCAAUUCUGUGGUAAAGGACCGACGAGCUGCCCUGAAAACCCUCAAGCAGUACGUGACGAAACUGACCGUCCACGAACACGGCCACCGGCUGGUGCUGUGCAUCCUCAACUGCUACGACGACACGGUCAUUUUGGGCAAGCAGCUGGUAUCGGUCAUCCUGGAGCACGUGGAAACCGUUGUGGCCAGCGGCGAGUGGGGCCGGAAGGUGGUCGGGUGGAUCUUCUCCCCGGCCGAUAAGGACCUGCUGCACCCGACGCAGAUCGAAAUACUGGACGGCUAUCUAAAGCACAGCAAAAAGGACAAGGAAAUCCGGCGGAGAGAAGUUUUCGCCUCGGCAGUGGAACCGUUCUGCACGGCGGUCGAGGGUAAUGCGUCGUUUUGGCUGAGGGGAGGCCACACGACACUGCUGACGGCGGCGAUCGUGAAAAAUCUUACGGGAGAGCACCUGGGAAAAGUGCACCAGGCACUGGCGAAGGUGGUGUCCGAUCCGGAAUGGCAGAUUCAGGAGAAUGAAGUCAACCUGCAGGGGCUUCCCAUGGUGGAGGAGAAGUCUAAACCCGCCGCGGCUGAUGGCAAGAAGGGCCCGGCGAAGAUUAGGAAGAUCAAGAAGAGUCCGUUUGCAGAGGAAAAGGAAAAAGCCCGCGAAAAGCAACUCGCUGCCAACCCGCUCAUCAACGGUAUUGAACACGCCGGAGUACACAUUGCCUUGAAGAAGAUCAUCAAGCUGGAUCAGGAAAAACGCCAAGAGGACGCCAGUUCUUCCCAGUUCGGCAGUGCAGUGUUGGAUAACCUUACCGAAGAAGUGAUCAAAUCCUGGAUCGUGCAGAACCGGCCCUGCUUCCUGCUGUUGCUGAUAUUCGAGAACUCGUCCGACCCGGUUCAGAAGCAGCUCAAACAGAAACUGAAAUCAGCCAAGCCGGAUCUGAAGAAGCAGACCCACACGGGGGCCAAACUGUUGGUGGAAAAACUGAAACUGUAAUAAUAUAAGCCAACCCAAUCCAAGGCUUUCUCUAGGUGUUAAGUCGAUGCGAAAUAUAUCCGAGUUGAACUGUUCUUCUAAUAUCAAUUAGAUCCUACACAAAUCC